AUGGACAUGGUAUUCCUGGGCACCUCGUCGCAGCCGACAUCAUCGCGAUACACGUCUGCUACUGCUGUCCGCCUGCCGUGUGGAUCGUAUGUGCUGUUUGACGUCGGCGAGGGCACGCAGCGGCGGCUGAUGGCGGGCCAGUGCGCGGUGAAGCCAUCGCGGAUCGCUGCGGUGGCGGUGACCCAUCUGCACGGAGAUCAUGUGUUUGGCCUUCCUGGCCUGGUAUGCGCGGUGCUGAACGCAGGUGGUGGCCCGCUGCAUGUCUACGGGCCGCUCGGCAUCCGUGCCUUCCUCCGCACCUCGCUGGCCACGACGUACUCGUUCUCGCGCGGCCUGUUCGUCCACGAGAUGCGCCCGGCGCCGCCGCCGUUGCUUGCUCCGGCUGAGUCUUCGCUGCUUGCCGAGGACGUGCCGCCGGAUGCCACACACACGUUUGCCGACAUGUACAUUGGUGGAUCGACGGUGGUCCGGGGCUACACGCCUGGCGACAAGAACCUCUACUACGCUCCGCCCGACGAGGCCUCGCCUGAGGCACUGGCCACGCCGCACUGGAUGCUCCCGCUGGAGCUGCCGUCGGCGGCGGGCGCGAGCGGACCAGCGGUCACCCUCCACGCCGCGGUCAUCGAGCACGUCCCGCACGUCCUCACUGUGGGGUAUGUGCUGGAGGAGGCGCCACGCCCUGGGUCGCUCGACGUGGACAAGCUAAAGGCGACGCCGGGCGUCGGCAGGCUUGGUGCGUGGUGCAAGUCGCUUGUCGGCGGAGUCGACGUCACCCUGAGCAACGGCACCCAUCUGCGAUCGGAAGACUACGUCUCGCCGGCCCGGCCCGGACGCAAGAUCGUGGUGCUCGGCGAUACAUGUGACCCGUCAGGUAUUGCGCCACUCGCCACCAACGCUGACGUCCUGGUUCAUGAGGCGUCACUGCGGAGCGCAGACCGGGUCAAGGCCGUCGACCGCGGCCACUCGACGACGUGCAUGGCCGGCGAGUUCGCCGCCUCGGUCUCGGCCGGCCACCUCGUCCUCAACCACCUCUCGCCCAAGUACAUCGGCUCGGGCGACUCGGCCGCCGACACUGCCGCUGCCGCCGCCAUCCGCGCCGAGGCUGUGGCAGCCUUUGGCUCACCAGCCGUCACCGUUGCCCAGGACUUUCUCACCGUCUCUGUCCUGCCCUCGACUCGAUCGCGGCCUGCUCCGCAAGUGGUCGUCGAUCCGCGCCCCGACCACGCAUCCACCGAAUGACACUCCGGGCCCUCUUAUCCUAUCGCGAGUCAUAAACCGUAUCCCGCACCGCGCCUUUGCUGACCUUUGCUGCCCGUGCUCGCCACCCUAUAAAUCCGCUGCUGUCUCC